AGGCGGCGGCGGAGCGUCCGGUCCCCGGCCCGGGCCUCACCGGCGCUGUCUGGCGCCCCCGUUCCCGGCACGACCCCGACGCCUCCCCUUCCCGGGGCGGGGCGCGGCCACAGCGGCGGGCGGUGGGCGGCGAGCGCGGAGGCUGCCUGGGGCUUGGGGACGCGCCGACGGUUCGCGCGGCCCUAGAAUGGCGCAAAAGAAAUAUCUCCAAGCAAAAUUGACCCAGUUCUUAAGGGAAGACAGAAUUCAACUUUGGAAACCUCCAUAUACAGAUGAAAAUAAAGAAGGCAGUUUGGCAUUGAAGAAUUCUGAUUUUGCUUCACAGGACCUUGCUAAGAAGUACUCUGACAGGCUAGAAUGUUGUGAAAAUGAAGUAGAAAAGAUAAUCGAAGAAAUACGUUGCAAAGCAAUCGAUCGUGGCACAGGAAAUGAAAAUUAUAAAACAACAGGAAUUGCUACAAUUGAGGUCUUUUUACCUCCACGGCUAAGAAAAGAUAGGAAAAACCUGUUGGAGACCCGGCUGCACAUCACUGGCAGAGAACUGAGGUCGAAAAUUGCUGAAACCUUUGGAUUUCAAGAAAAUUACAUCAAAAUUGUCAUAAACAAGAAACAGCUUCAACUCGGGAAAACCCUUGAGGAACAAGGCGUGACGCACAACGUGAAAGCCAUGGUGCUUGAACUCAAACAGUCUGAAGAGGAUGUGAGGAAACACUUCCAGGUUGAGGAGGAAGAGCAAAAUGAAGCCGAGCUCAAGGAAAAAAGGAUCCAGAGGACCAAGAGAGGCCUGGAGAUACUGGCGGAGAGAGCUGAGACGGUGGUGGAUCCCGAAACCACACCGUACUUAGACAUAGCCAACCAGACUGGCAGAUCGAUCAGAAUUCCUCCGUCAGAAAGAAAGGCCCUUAUGUUAGCUAUGGGAUAUCAUGAGAAGGGCAGAGCUUUCCUGAAAAGAAAAGAAUAUGGAAUAGCCUUGCCGUGUCUGUUGGAUGCUGACAAAUAUUUCUGCGAGUGUUGCAGGGAGCUGCUGGACACCGUGGACAACUACGCCGUGCUGCAGCUGGACAUCGUGUGGUGCUACUUCCGCCUGGAGCAGCUGGAAUGCCUUGACGACGCGGAAAAGAAAUUAAACUUGGCUCAGAAAUGCUUUAAGAAUUGUUACGGAGAAAACCACCAGAGACUGGUCCACAUAAAAGGGAACUGUGGGAAAGAGAAGGUAUUGUUUUUAAGACUUUACUUGCUUCAAGGUAUCCGAAAUUAUCACAGUGGAAAUGGCGAAGAGGCUCGUGACUAUCUCAACAAGGCACGCCAGCUCUUUAAAGAGCUAUAUAUCGAUCCAUCGAAAGUUCACAAUCUGUUGCAGUUGGGGUUUACUGCCCAGGAAGCCCGGCUUGGCCUCAGGGCCUGUGACGGGAACGUGGACCACGCGGCCGCCCACAUCAGCAGCCGCAGAGAGGAAUUGGCCCAAAUAAGGAAAGAGGAAAAAGAGAAGAAAAGACGCCGGCUGGAGAGUAUCAACUCUUUGAAAGGAAUGGGCUACUCCACGCACGCGGCCAAGCAGGCCCUGUAUCAGGCCGCCGGGAACCUGGAUGAAGCCCUGAAGAUUCUUCUCAGUAAUCCUCAGAUGUGGUGGUUAAAUGAUUCAGAUCCUGAAACCAGCAGCCAUCAAGAAAGUCCUUCCCAGGAAAACAUCGAGCAGCUGGUGUACAUGGGCUUUGAUGCGGUGGCGGCUGACGCCGCCCUGAGAGUGUUCAGGGGGAACGUGCAGCUGGCGGCCCAGACCCUGGCCCACAACGGGGGGAGUCUUCCUCCGGACCUGCAGCUCGCGGCCGAAGACGCUUCCUCCACGCCGUCCACGUCCCCUUCCGACUCUGCAGGUACCUCUAGUGCCUCAACAGAUGAAGAUAUGGAGACAGAAGCCGUCAAUGAAAUAUUGGAAGAUAUUCCGGAACACGAAGAAGAUUACCUUGACUCAACUCUGGAAGACGAAGAAAUAAUUAUUGCAGAGUACUUAUCCUAUGUAGAAAACAUAAAGUCGGCAACAAGGAAAAACUGA